GGUCGCGCCAGUCGUCCCCACCCAGCGAUCUGCAGGUCGACCAAAGGAAGACCCGAACGCCCCCAAGGCCAAGUACAAGAAGGACAAAGCAGCUGCGGUGGCAGUAGCUACACUACAAACCUUUGCCGCCGCGGCAGCCACUUUUUCGUAGCAGCAGGCCCUGCUUACGUUUGCCGCAGGUCAGCAGCAGUUCACGUUCAUGCCCGGCCCAAGUACCACGAGCGGGAUAUCCGGACACAGAUGUCCAUGCUGUACAAUUUCCUAUCUCGCGGGUUCGACGCCGAGGACGGUCAGUACAUCCGCCAAAGCUAUGAACAUCAAACAGCACUCGACCUGGUCAGUGCGAACGCAAAGCUUCUGCAAGAUAUACCCGCGGGAAAAGGCCACAUACCUCCAUCUGUGCGGUACGGCAGCCGAAAACCACCUGAAGAACAUCGAAACGGCCAAGGCCGUCACCAAGAUGCAGGGUCUUCCGCGAGAAGCCCAAUCGAACUAGCGCCAGCACCGAGUCCGAUCUGCUCAAGUUCCGCAAAAACCAGCUCAAGUUUGCCAAAUCGGCAAUCCACGACUGUUUACGAUGGAAUCGAUCGCUGCCGACGAGAUGGUCAUCGAGUAGGUGAGCCAGGUGGUGCGCCCGUCGGUGACGGAUCUGCGCGAGAUCAAGUACGAAGCGAUCGGCAUCAGCAGCACGUACCUGUUCCGGAUCGACAUGGAGACCAUCAUCGACGCGUCCAACUAUGGCAACCUGGCCCGGUUCAUCAACCACAGUUGCAAUCCCAACUGCUACACCAAGGUCAUCACGAUCGAGUUGGAGAAGAAGAUUGUGAUCUACUCGUAGCAGCCGAUCGGCGUCAACAAGGAGAUCACGUACGACUACAAGGUCCCGCUCGAGGACGAGAAGAUUUCAUUUUAUUGAGAGCAAUUCUAGUUAAAUACAGUUAUUUUUCAGUAAGAUUACAAAUAUAAUGUGUUACCUAGCAUUACAAAUUUUACACCAAAAUUGUACAUACUUUUACAAUUGGCCUGAUCGAUUUGCUCUCAAUGAGCCAGAAUCUUCUCAAUAUUCAAGAUUUUCUAGGUAAUUUCAAAACACCAUUAUUCCCUGCCUCUAAACACCCACUUUCACUAAAUAAACGCGCGAAAAAAAGACACUUUAAAAUUAAAAUCACCGUUGCCCGCCUCCCCCAUUGGUAGCUCCCAUGAUGUGCCCCAAACUACGGGUCCGUUCCGCUUCACGAAUCACGACAUCAACGCCCAUGCCGCCACCACCACCAGUGGACUCCCUCGUCGGAGGUGGUAGUUGCUCACUGCUGGGUUCUGUUCUGUCAGCUGUGGUCGUUGUCCUCGCCAAGGCCAUGCUGUCACCACCGCCUUUACCGUAUGGGGUCUUGUGUAUUCCGAGUGUCCUGGCCGAGUUUCUGGUUCAGCAUCAUGUACCGUUGGUGCAGUGGAUCGAGCUGUUUCAUAACUGGUACGGGGACGGCCGACUAUGGAUAGGACAGCAUCUAGGGGUAGGGUGAAGGUGCAACUGGGACGGCAGCAGGCGAGGUCGACGCAGCUACCGGGUUGAUGGAUUUGUCCGACCAGUCUGCGGCUAGCCCUCGGUGACUAGAUGGCAGGUAAGGGCAAGCGUUUGUGGGAUUUUUGCCGUAUAUACUCGUCGGAAGACCGAGUCCGGCUGGACCGAGCACGUUCGCCUUUUUCAGCGAAAUGGCCCAUGGCAUUGGCGUUACCAGAGCCAGCGUUCGCCGACGAUGAUUACUGGCCGGACUGUUAGUUGCUAGAAGAACUUGGCGGUUGGCUCGACUUCAUGCCCGAGUACGACUGGAAUCCUUGAUGGGCCGGUUUAGGUUGCUGUGGCUAGAGUUCGCCGCCGCUCCUUCAGGUCCUCGGUAGCGGUCGCCGCGAAGAGGUAGAAAGCCAUGUGAUCAACACAAAUUCUUGCUGAAGUUCGCGCCUGGCCUUGCUCGUUGGGAAUAAAUUACGUUGGAGUAAGCGUUGCUUAUGGAUGACAGCUCUGGAAAGGGAAAGAAUUCAUCAUGAAAGGUAAGGUUUAAUUAUUUGUUGAUCGCUUUCGGGAGGCCAGCUUUCAACCGGAUACAGCCAAAGUAUUCCUCGGCCCGUGGCAAAAGGUCCAUCAGCUCCUUUUCAAUAGCCAACAUUUUAAAUGAAUCAUUCAUCAUUCAGGCAUAGGGAAACGGGAUGGAUCCUCUGCGGACAUUCCUUCCUACAGGAUGCGAUCCGACUCGCCUUUGCUUCGCCGAGACCUGCCUCUCUUUCAAACUUUCCACUUGGUGCUCCCGCUUCCUGCGGUACUUGCUCACGAUAGAUUCCGGAAAUGCCCUGUAGGGGACACCGCUACCAAGAUCAAACCAAAGUGGGAAUCAUUCCCUGAAGCAGCUGCCAUAGAAAUUCCUCCUCGGGAACAUGACAUGACAAUAAACACUGGCUUAUCCGCGAUUAUCGCCAGCAACUCUUCGUAGACCGGGCCGUUCUAGUUCCUUCCGCGAACCUAAUAACGUUCGGAAUCGGCCACGAAAACCAUCCUUUUUUCCGCGACCACGUUUGAUAAAUAUAAACAAAACAUAAACAAACAGCUUGAAGUUUCAAAACGUCAAAAUCUGCACUCUCAAAAAAGUUAACCAUAUCUUCUUUAAAAGUUGGAUCGGGUCUGAAAAUUCUGGAGCCGAUCCAAAUCCGCUCCGAAAACCUUAAGUGGCACCCCCCUAGGAUUCCGAGAACCUCCUGCGGCCGGACCGCCGAGGUCAACCAUAUUCCGCAGGACGUGUGGCAGA